UUUGUGAUUUUGGAGUCAUAUUAAAAAAUAUAUAUAUAAAUAAUGAAAAUUGAAAAUUUGCGCCAUUUGGUUGGUCACGUGACUGUAUCUCUCUCUCUCUUUUAACGUCGCCAUAUUGCGAUUGUGCGGUGGUGAGAGUUUUGUGCAGUCUAAUAAAAAUUUUAACUUUUAAAAUUUUCUCUUGUGAUUUAAUUGUGAAUUUAGUGUAAGUGCACGUUCUGGGUUUCAUAGGGCAAGAGAAUUGUGAGAAUUUCAAGAAUAUUGCCAUCAAGGUGAAGGGUCAAUUCAUAGAAGAAAAUAAACUCUCGGAUCCACCAUUGAAAUAACCAAAGUAGUGACUGAGAACCAGAAAAGUUCUCCAAAAGCUGCAUAGUCUGGAAUAGGUCUACCCUAUGGAAUGUAGCUUGGGAUGAAAAUGAAUGGGGAUGUAAAUGGUACUAUGGAGGAGGGCAUGGAAGUAGACCUUCCAAGUUCACAUGAAAACGAACAAAGUCUCCAAAAAGUUACCUUAACAGACUGUGAUGAUAUUAAAAACAAUGGUGAGAAUAGCAAUAAUUCAGAGACUGGCAAUCAUGUAGACAGCGAGACAAAUGACUGCUCAACGGGCAAUGGUGUUACAGAAAACUUGCUCAAUGAGAAUAGUAGUGAAUCCAACAACAAACCACCCAAUGAAUGUUCCAAGGGCACACCUGAACUGCAGAUAGAUCAAGAACAUAGCAACCAUUCAGUAAAUAAUCACUGUAGUAACAGCAAUGAGCAUUCUCCAAAGCCAGUCUCCAAUUCACUUAAUACGGAAGUUGUGGAACAAGAGAAGUCAGGGGAGAUAAAUGAUCAAAAUAAUGAAGACAAUCACAUUGUUGACAAAGGUGAAGGUGGGAAACAGACUUCGAUUGAUGACGAGUCCGAUGAAUCAUCUGCUGAGGAUGAUUCUAUUGUAUCUGAUGAACGCAAAGCCGAAGACACAGUAAGCAUUGACUCUGGUUCAGAAGAUGAGGGAGAUGAAACUUCACAAGAUGUCCAAUCAGAAAAUAUCAGGACAAGUGAUAUUAUUGUAUUAGACAUAGAAAGAGAAUCUGAAAGUCAAAACGGUGAUUCUAAAACUUCUGAAAUACAUGAAAUUGAAAGUGACAAUGAUGACUGUGUAGUGGCUUCCGAAAUAAAAUCUGCUACUGUCAAGGAAACUUUGCCACUUAGACGUAGCAGCAGGGCAAUAAAACGUAAAAGAUAUAAUGAUGACGUUCAAAAUGGAAUUGAGUCUGAUAUAGAAGAAAUAUCGUUCAACGAAUCUUCAUUACGUAAGGGCAAACCAAUUGUAAUUAACGAUACUAAAGCACUAGUUGAGAUGGCAGCCAAACAAAUGAAGCAUGGGAAUAAUAAUAAAAAAGAACCAACUGUUGUCAUUAUUGAUACAAACUCAGGUUCACCUCCUAAAAAUACUUCAGUGUUAAUAAAGCCUUCCGUUUCAACAUCUACUUCGGUUCUCAACGCCCAGCAUUUAUAUCAAAGCAUUGUUGCGCGUGGCACAACGGUGACACCAGUUAGCAGCACUAAAAGUACAUCCACACAGGUAUCACAAACGCCUACACCACCUAUUUUACCAUCUUUGACAGACGAUAUGUUCGUCGUAGAAGCACCCUCAUUUAUUGUACCUUAUGUAUAUGAAAAGCCGUCUUUAAAACCUUUUAGAGAGUUUGUAUUCAAGUUAGGUAAAGAACUGGAAGAGCAAAAGCAAAAAGAUAAUAAGGAAGAAGACACGGAUAAAGAAAAGGAUGACGGUUCUGAAAGCGAGGCCCAGUCCACGCAGAAAUCAGAAGAACAAGAGAAAAAGAAAAAAUCUGAUAGAGAGCGACGAAGGCGGAGGAAUGAUGACGAUGAUGCAUCGUGGGACGGGGAGUCCGCUUCAGAGUCUGAUGAUGCACUGAGCGAUGAGGAGGACAAAAUUGUAGUGAAAGAUAAAACUGAACCAAUUGACCAGAUAAAAAAUGUGACCGAGUUGACUGCUGAUAAGAUUUGUUCAAGCAAGGCCAAUGUUCAUAGCUCUAUGGAUUGCUCACUAGGAAAGUUUUUCAUUAAUAUUGGUCUUAACCUUGUCCAAGAAUUUGUGCAAACCGAUUUGUUGAAACAACAAAAUCGCAAAUUAUACAAGGAAAAGAAGUCUGGUCAAAACACUAGAGCAACAGAAUCAUCUAUAGCACAACUUAAGAAAAAUCUAGAAUUUAGUAAAGAAAAUAAUGCACCUUAUGUGCAGCCCCAAAAGAAGUGUGAGCUAUGCAGUUUCAAAACAGAGUCGAUGCUCGCCAUGGCUAACCAUUUAGAGAUUCCACAUAUGAAAAAUAACAUGUACAAAUGUAAUUUUUGUUCGUUUGAAAUUCGAAGUCCGCAUGAAAUUUUGUAUCAUAUGGAAGCAGAGCAUAACGUAAAAGGUCGACUGGAGAGAGCGCCGUCAUACCAUCAGUGCUCAAACUGUCCGUUUGAGGACAACGGGAAAGGAAAAUUAGCGCGACAUCUGCUAGCCUGUGCAAAGAAAUUCAAACCUGAAACGAAUUUAGCUCCGCCUGUGGAUUGGGAACCACCAGCUAAAAUACCAAAGAUAGCAAAACCGCGCAACAACGUCGUGGGGUCUUACCCGAGCACGUUCAAUCGCAGUCCGUACGGAAGCACCGCGGUGCGGACGCCUAUGAGCAUGGGCCUGGGCCUGGGCAUAGCGGCAGGCGGUUUCCGCGGGCGCGGGCGCUCGCCGAUGACGCUGCCGCCGCGCGGCGUGCCCAUCCUGCGGGGCGGCGGCCUCAUGCCUAGGCACACCUCGCCGAUACUUAUGCAGUCUAACUACGCUGCAUCGAAUCCCGUGAAACCAAAGUCAGUCCACCACCCGUCGAUAUCCAUCACGCCGCUGCCGCGGCAGCCGCCGCCGCAGGUGCUGCCGCAGCAGGCCCCGAGCGCGCAGUCCAAGGGCUCGUUCGUGAUCUGCGAAAUAUGCGACGGAUACAUCAAAGACUUAGAGCAAUUAAGGAACCAUAUGCAAUGGAUACAUAAAGUCAAAAUUCACCCGAAAAUGAUCUACAAUCGGCCGCCGCUUAAUUGCCAAAAAUGUCAAUUUAGGUUCUUCACGGAUCAGGGACUAGAACGGCACUUACUAGGCUCGCAUGGGUUAGUCACCAGCUCAAUGCAGGAAGCGGCCAACAAAGGGAAAGAUGCUGGGAGAUGUCCUGUCUGUGGCAGGGUAUACCAAUGGAAGCUUCUCAACCAUGUAGCCAGGGACCACAAUUUAACGUUAAAGCCAGCCCACCUGUCGUACAAAUGCACAGUCUGCACCGCCACAUUUGGCAUGUACAAGCAAUUCGAGAACCACGUGUACUCGGCGCACAGUGUAGUCGCCAAACGAGUCAUGGACAAAAGCAAGGCCAGCGCGCCGCCGCCUAAAGGCGCCAGUGGCAAGCCGCUCAAGAUCAACGACGAAAUAACUAUAAUACCACAGCCUGCCAAACCGACAACUACUAAUGCCAAGGGGAAAUAAGAACUUAUGUUGUUGCAGGCCGCGGUUGCGCCUAUGUUCGGAGCACCACGCUAUAUAUUUCAAGCUUGCCGUCGUCUUCGCCACCAUAUAGAAAAAUUGUAAGGCAUAUAAAAAUUUAACCAUCUUCAUAGUGUACAUUCCAAUAUUGUAGGAAGUACCGAACACAAAUGAUUUUAACUAUACCGUGUCAGUGCUAUGCACUCUAUGCAUGACAUUGAUUGUUAUGGCCUAUAAGUCAAUAAUACCACUCUAGCACAUAGAAUGCUGUUAGUAAUUUGUAUUAUUUUGCAAAAAAUAUUUAUAUAAAACUUUAUAGUUAGGCUUAUUGCUUAGGAAACCCUACAUAUUCUUAAAAGGGCUUUUAAAAAACUACGAUCAUAGACUACGAAUUCACUUGAAUAGGUAUUUUAUAAGAUUUUUCAUAGACUUAACUAAAGAAUUGUAAAUUACUAUUGUAUUUACCGUUUAAGUGAACCUUUUUAAGAUAAUAUUACAGAAUAGAAUUUAGCAUUCUAGUUCCAAAGGAACUCUUCACUGCCCCGGCCUUUGUUGCCAGUGAUUAUUGGAAAUUUUUUGAAUAUCUAUAGAAAUACAUUAAUUAGAUCAAGGCAGUGAUGUAUUGGGAACACUGAUAGAUAUUUUAUUGUUGUUAACUAUUAGUAAAACUCGCACUAUUUGGAAUGUAUACUACAUGUUAGCCUGUGCCUGAUUCUCGUAAAUUAAAUUUGCCUAUCUCUGAACAGUUUUGUGUGUACAUGAGUAUCAUUGCAAGUUGUGUGUCCCAAAGUAAAAAGAUAUUACAUAAACACGAUGACUCAACGAAUUGAUGAUUGGAUGUUUAUUAAUAUUUGUUUGAAAUCUGUAUUCAAUAUGGUUGUCAUUUUAUAUUGUGUCAGUUAAAUAAUCGAGUAAGUACCAUUAUUUCUGAUGAGUUUGUAGUCUCCCUUUGCUGUCAUUUCUCAUUUGUGUUAUGUAAGAGCGCUGUCGCGCUUGACGGUUGUGACGCAGCUCUGCCGGGAGCGCCCCAAGUAGAGCGGCUCUUUCCAAUCGAGGUGUACCAAUAGUUAACACGCAACCUUUCGAAUUACAGUUUUAAGCCGUGUUCUCGACUAUAUGCCGUGAUUGUUAAUAAUUUAUUGAAUUUGACUAAUAAGAUAUUAUUUUAUUUAUUUUACUCAUUAUGGAACCGUCCAUCAUGAUAGCGGGCGACACUCGUGCCGCUAGGAAGCCGUAACUGUCGUAUGUCGGUGAUAACGUAGCACAAAGAGGAGUACGCCAACGCGGAUAAAAACAUACAAUAACAAGUCCGGUUGUCAUUGUGAGUAUGAAUAAGAAUUUAAAUUUUAUUAUAAUUAUUUAUUGAAUUUAUGAAAACUGAACAAUUUUAUUCGAAUUAUUGUUGAUUCACUUCUGACUUACAUUUAGGUAUCUCCAUGCGGCACUGGCACGCCAGUAGAUUUUGACAUUUAACCAUGUCAAAUGACAUUUAACCUACCAUUGCCGUGGUUGGUUAGGGGAUGCGUUUUAAUUUUAUUAAUUGGCACCAUCAUUGUUGUCACAUACCGUAUCGUCUGGAUAUUUCUUAUCUUUAAAACUAUGUAACGGAUUUUGAUGUGUUUUUAAUAGAGUAAUUCAAGAUGAAGGUUUUUCAGCAUAAUACGUUGUACGGUGAACGUGCCUGUGCAAAGCAGGGGCGGGUCGGUAGUGAAUCAUAAUUUUAAAAUUUUACGAUUAAUCAAUUUGUAAGCAAUAAAAAUGGCUGAUUUAAGUCCUUUUAACCAGUAUAUCGACAUCAUUUAUCCCAGUGGUUGAAUCCUACGGGAAGUUUAUUCUAAUCCAAGACCAGGUUAUAUUGACUUGUCUUAUUGAUCAAGAAUUUUUAACUUCUAUUUAAAUGCACUCCGCCUCUGUUCACACAGGCUAUACAAAAAUACGCACAAUAUUUUUCGUUCUACACAUAAAAUGAAGAAUAUCAUACACAAUU